GUUUCGUCGACUCAACUUCCUCUGAAAACAACACCACGCGUGUGGGGAAUGAAUGGCUGUCACUGAUGCCCACUUGAACCUAUAACGGCAUUAAAGCAGAAUUUGUCGUCUGGGGUCUUUUUGUUUGCUUGUAUUGCCCAGUAGUCAAAGAGCACUACUUCUGGAGGAGAGUGGCUGUGCUCACGAUGAGUUUUGUGGAGUACUCAGACUUCAUUCAAGAUGGGGAUGUUGCCAUCAUUUACCUGAACCACAACAAUGUAAUGCCUGUCAAGGUGCAGCAGGGUGCCCAGACACAGACUCGCUACGGAGUCAUUCGCCACUCCACAGACCUGAUUGGUCAGCGUUAUGGGUCAAAGGUGACCUGCAGCAAAGGGUGGGUCCAUGUUCUCCAUCCCACGCCAGAGCUGUGGACAGUUGCCCUGCCACACCGCACACAGAUCCUCUACACCACCGACAUCGCCUUCAUUACCAUGAUGCUGGAGCUGAAGCCAGGCUCCAUCGUGUGCGAGUCAGGUACAGGGAGUGGCUCCCUCUCCCACGCCAUCCUCCGCAGCAUUGCCCCUACGGGUCACCUCCACACAGUGGAGUUCCACCAGCAGCGAGCAGAGAAGGUGGCCGAAGAAUUUACGGAGCAUCGUGUGGAUCAUCUGGUCACCGUCAGGAACCAGGAUGUGUGCAAGGAUGGGUUCGGGGUGACGGGGGUUGCAGACGCCGUUUUCCUUGACAUCCCCAGCCCGUGGGAUGCAGUGAGACAUGCUAAAGCUGCCAUGAAAAAGCAAGGUGGUCGGCUGUGCUCCUUCUCUCCUUGCAUAGAGCAGGUCCAGAAGACAUGCGAGGUGUUGGGGGAUCAGGGCUUCGAAGACAUCAGCACCACGGAGGUGCUCCUGAGAGAGCACGAAGUCCGAACCGUCUCUCUACCUCUGCCCGACUUCGGCCCUGAUCCCGACACCGUGGGGGAGGCGCCUCCCAGUGCCGCUCCAAACCACGCCUCCAUCACACUGAAGACCACCACACUACCUAGAGAGAUGCCCGGCCACACGGGGUACCUUACGUUUGCUACCAAACCAAGAACCUAAAGCUCCGAGUGAGAGUGAUUUUUCUGUAACACGGUUUAUAAUCCACUUCACUCUGGUGUCAUCAAGGCUCGGAUAAUCCAGCAGGGGUAGCAGGCUCCUCCAGGUCCUGCCUGGCACGGCAGCGCUGGGAGGAUUUACAGUUUUGUGUGUUACAUAAUUUUGUGCUCUGUCAGUUGGCACCGGUUUGCUGCUUUCAUCAAGCAGGACUUGAAAAUCAAUUCAAGAGCGAUUUCAAGAUUAAGAUUUAUAACGCUGAGAUUAUAACUGAUUAUUUGGCUCUCCCUUUCAUACGGAUUACAGAUAAUCUCUACUUUUAUUUGUUGGUGAAGAAGUAGCUUUAUUUUAUUCAGUAAAUACAAUAAUUGUGUGACAGUCUUAGUCUUAUAUUUCUGUGGUACCGCAGAGAAGCUUUGAUGAACAUUUUGAUUUAACUGCAUUUUUUUUUUUUUUUAAAUCCUUGUAACGAAUUAAAAACUCACAUAUUUGUUACAUUUGAAACAUAAAGAGUGCAACUACAG